AUGUAUUUAGAAAAAUACCAAGAAGAUGAUAUUGCAAUUAUUGGAGUUGGUUUAAGAUUGCCUGGUGAAGAGAGUGGUGGUGGUGUUGUUGGUGAAUUACUUAAUGAUUCACCUCAAAAUUUUUGGAAUAAUUUAAAGAAAGGUUUCAAUGGAAUAAGUAAAACAAAUGAAAGAUGGAGUGAGAAUUAUAGUAAAUUGGGUGAAAUUAGUAAUGGAUAUGCUGGUGUAUUACCACUUGAAGAAUUGAAAUCAUUUGAUCCAUUGUUCUUUGGAAUUAGUCCAUCAGAGGCAUCAACUAUCGAUCCGCAACAACGUUUAUUAUUAAAGACGACAUGGGAAAGUUUGGAAGAUGCUGGUAUUGACCAUCAAAGUAUCCGUGGCUCAGAUUGUAGUGUCUUCAUUGGUAGUUCAACAACAGAGUAUAGAGAAUCGAUUGUCAACAUAAAUGAACAAUAUUUAAAUAUUUUUGGUACAUAUGCACAUGGUAUUGCAAAUAGAAUUUCCUAUUGCUUCGACCUACGUGGUGAAUCAGUUACACUAGAUACUGCAUGUGCAUCAUCAGGUACAGCAAUUUCGAUGGGUGCACAGUGUAUAAAGAAUGGGAAAUCAAAAUUAUCAAUUGUGGGUGGUGUAAAUUUAAUAGUUGAUACAACAAAUAUUAAAGCAUUUUCAUAUUUGAAUAUGCUAAGUACAUCUGGUGUGUGUCGACCAUUCGAUAUUGGUGCAGAUGGGUUACUCAGAGGUGAAGGUGUUGGUACCAUUGUUUUAAAGAGUUUAAAAGAUUCAAUAAGGGAUGGUAAUAAAAUAUAUUGUAUUAUCAAAGGUUCAAGUUACAAUGUCGACGGUAAUGGUAAUUCAGAUAAACAGAAUUUCUAUGCACCAUCAUCAAUUUCACAAUCUGAUAAUAUCAAAUUAGCAAUAAAAUCAACCAAUGGCUCAAUAACAUGUGAUGAUAUCGACUACUUUGAAUGCCAUGGAACAGGUACACCAACUGGUGACCCAAUUGAAACUAAAGGUAUUUCAAUGGCAUUUAAUCGUUCAAAACAAAAUCCACUAUUAAUUGGUUCACUCAAAGGUUCAUCAGGUCAUUCAGAAGCAGCAUCUGGUGUCAUUGGUGUUAUCAAAUGUUGUUUAAUAUUUAAAAAUAAAUCAUUAGUACCAUGUGUGAAUUUUUCAAAACCAAAUCCUCAAAUUAAAUUUGAAGAAUGGAAUUUAAAAGUUGUAACAGAACCAAUCCCAUUCACUUCACUACCAUCUAGAAAACUCAACAAUAAACCAAUUUCAAUUGCCAUUAAUAAUUUUGGUGUAACUGGUGCAAAUUGUUGUAUAAUUUUAUCAGAAUUUAUAAAUAAUAACACUAAUGAUAAUCUUAAACAAAUAAAUAAAUCAUUUUUAAUACCUUUCUCAGCAAAUUCAGUUAAAUCACUUGAAAAUUAUAAAUUAAAAUUAAAUUCAAUAAUUAAUGAAAAUGAUUAUUAUUUAAAUAAUAGUGCCAUAUUUAAUGGUUUUGUUAAUAAUCAAAUUUAUAAUAAAUCAAAAUCACUUUCUCAACGUUCAGUUUAUGUUGCAUCAAAUUUGAAUGAAUUGGUUGAUGGAAAAGUUAAUUUUAAAACAUCAAAUUCAAAAUCAUCAAAUUUUUCAAUUUUAAAAAAGAAACCAAUUGUAUUAUUUGUAUUUUCAGGCCAAGGUUCACAAUAUAAUACAAUGUUUGAUCAAUUAUAUAAUGAUGAAAUUAUAUUUAAAGAAUCAAUUGAUAGAAUUGAUAAUUCAUUAUUUAAAUACUAUGGUUAUUCAGUUUUUGAAAAAUUUAAAUCAUCAAAUUUAAAUUCAAUUCAUGAACCAUUGAUUGCACAAGCUGCAAUUUCAAUGUUAAACAUAUCAUUAUUUGAAUUAUAUAAACAUUGGGGCAUUGAAGCAUCAUUUAUUGUUGGUCAUAGUUUAGGUGAAAUUUCAGCAGCUCAUUGCUCUGGUAUGAUUGAUUUAGAAACAUUGUGUUAUAUAAUUUAUCACAGAUCAAUUGCACAGAUUAAAACUCAUGGUAAUGGUAGAAUGUUAUCAAUUAAUCAAAGUUCAGAUGAAUAUAUUUCAAAAUACUCUUCAAAAUAUGCUGAUCUUGAAAUUGCAUGUUACAAUUCUCAAAAUUCAAUAGUUGUUGCAGGUAAUGAACAUAAAUUAAAUCAAUUAUUUAAUGAAUUAAAAGAAAAUAAUGAAUUUGCAACAAUGAUUGCAUCACAAUCUUCAUUCCAUACAUCAAAUCAAUGUAUAACAAAAGAUGAUAUAUUUAAAUUACAAUUUACUGCAAAUUUACCAUUAAUUCCAAUAUUUUCAACAGUUACAACAAAUUUAUUUGAUAAUUCAACAUUAUUUAAUUCAUCAUAUAUUUAUGAUAAUAUUAUUUGUCCAGUAAGAUUUGAACAAACAAUUUCAAAUUUUUAUAAACAUAUUGAUGAUGAUAAUGAUAAAAGUGAUGUAGAAGUUGUUAUAAUUGAAUUAGCACCACAUCCAACUUUAUCAUAUUAUUUAAAACAAAUGAAACCUGUUAUUGAAAAUAAAGAUAUUAAAGUAAAUGUUUAUUCAGCAUUACAUAAAUUAAAAAAUUCAACUAAAGAAUUUCAAAAAGUAAUUUCACAAUUAUAUUGCGAUAAUGGAAUAAAUAUAAACUUUAAAUGUCAAUUAGAAAAUCAAGUAAACAUGUAUGAUACCAUUUUCUCAUUACCAAAUUAUCAAUGGGAUGAUCAAAAAUAUUGGAAGGUUGAUUAUACACAUUCUAGAAGUUAUAUUAAUGGUCCACCAAUUACUAUUUUAGGUAAUGAAAGUUAUAAUUCACCAUAUUUAUCAAGGGAGACAUAUAUUGAUAUUAAGAGAAAUCCAUUCAAAUAUUUAAAUGGUCAUCAAAUUAAAAUGAAAAUUUAUUUCCCAGGUAUGGGUUAUAUUGAUAAUCUUUUAAAAUUAUUCAAAAAUAACCAUAAAAAUAUUAUAAUUGAUCAAAUUGAAUUUAUUGCACCAUUAAUUUUAAAUGAAGGUAUAAAUCAAUGUGUUCAAACAAAUGUGAAUCAAAUUGAAAUAAAUGAGUAUAGUUUGAAUUGUUAUUAUAAAGAUAUUAAAUCAAAUGAAUGGGUUAAAACGUGUAUUGGAAAUUUCCAUAUAUCAAAUAACUUAUUUACUCAACAAAGAAAUUAUAAUAUUAACCAAUUAAUUAAUGAAAAAUGUAACUAUUCAUUAAUUGAAAGAGAUGAUUUAUAUGAUAUGAUUAAAAUUAAAACUGGGUUAAAUUAUAGUGGUGAUUUUAAAGGAAUUAAUAAAUGCUAUAUUGGUAAUAGUUGUUCAUUAUCUGAAGUGUCAAUGAAUUUACCUGAUAAUUUACCUGAUAAAGAAUCAUUUUUUAAUUGUACAAUUUUAGAUUCAUGUACCCAUGGAUUUUUAGUAUUAAUAGAUUACCAAUGUCAAUUAGUGUUUCACAAAGUUGAAGGAUUAAGAUACUAUAAUUCAAAUAUUCCAACUGAUAGAAAUAAACAUAAAAACAUUUACGUUUAUUCAAUUUUAAAUCAAAUUUUAAAUGAUUCAUUCCAUUCAUCAGUUAUUAUUAUGUUGGAAGAUGGUACUGUUUUAAUUGAAAUUGAUAAUUUAAUUAGUAAAUCAUUAACACCAAUUCAAGAUCCAUUAAAAAUUGAAUAUCCAAUGAAUGAAUUAUUCUCAACACAUUUACAACCAAAAGAUUCACCAUUUCCAUUAAUUUCAAUGACCUUUAAAUCAAAAUUUAAAAAUAUUAAUGAAAUUAAAAAUGAAUUUAUGUUAAAUUGUUGUAAAAAUUUCAUUUCAAAUCAGUUCCUAUCCAAUAUUAUAAAUAGAACAAAUAUUAAAUUAAAUGAAAUUAAAACUUUAACAAUUGAUCAAUUAGUAAAAUUAUAUUGUUUGUAUAAUAAUAAUGAAAGAUUAUUUAGAUUUGUUUUUGAAACAAUAAAGAAAUAUGAUUAUAAUAGCAACCAUAGCAAUAAUGAAAAUGAAAUGGUAUUGAAGGAUGAUGGAAUUUACCAAGUUUUAGAUACAUCUAUUAAAGUAAUAUCAAAAUUAUUAUUCCCAUAUGAAAAUGAUAAAGAAGAUCCAAUCACUGAAACACCAACAUCAUUAUUUGAAAAUGGGUUAUUGGAUAAAUUCUAUGGUACAAAUAAUUUUAUGACUACAACAAUUCAAAGAAAUUUAAUUACUGAUAUAAUAAUCAAUUCUUUAAAACCAAUAUUAAAUCAAAAACUUGUCAUUAGAAUUGUUGAACUUGGUGGUGGAGUUUGUUCAUUUACUGUAGAUUUCCUUGAAAAAUUAGAUAAAUUAUUAAAAGAAAAUCCAUUUCAUGAAAUUGAAAUUGAAUUUACUUGGAGUGAUAUAUCAUCUUCAUUCAUUCCAGAAGCAAAGAAAAAAUUAGAACCAUUUAGUAAUAAUAUUAAUAUAGUAUAUCGUUCAAUUGAUAUUGAAAAGGAAUUUAAAAAGCAAGGUUUAAAACAUUCAUAUUUCGAUUUUAUAAUUUUAACAAAUGUUCUUCACGUUGUUAAAAACAUUGGUAAUUCCUUAGAUCAACUCUAUAAAAUCUUAUCACCAAAUGGUCAAAUUUUAUUAAUUGAACCAUAUGUUUCAAUUGUAAAUGAUAGUAUUUUUGGUUCAUUCAGUCAAUGGUGGUCAUUUGAAGAUACAGAAAUUAGAAAAACUAAUUGUUGUAUGGAACCAAAUUCUUGGUUACAAGUUUUUAAAAAUCAUAAUUUUAAAAAUACAAACUCAUAUGAAGAAGAUGGAUCAUGUUGUUAUGUAAUUCAUUCUCAAAAGCCACCAUUACUAUAUGGAUUAAAUGAACUAAAAUAUACUCAAUCACCUAAUCAAAUUAUAAUAUAUGGAAAUGAAAAUGAAAAUGAAAAUGAAAAUGAAAAUUAUACAAUAAAAUUUAAUAAAAGUGUAAUUAAAAUUUCAAAUAUUGAUCAAUUUAAUCAAUCAAUUUUAAAUUCUCAAAUUAAUAAUGAAACAAUAAUUUAUUUUACUAAAUCAAUAAAUCAAUUAGAUGUAAAUAAUUUCAAAUUUGUUACAUUUGAAUAUAUUCAAAUUAAUAAAUUACUAUUAAAAUAUAAAUUAAAAUCAAAACAUGUUUUAAUAACUUUAAAUUCAAGAGAUAGUAAUUAUUUAUCAGCAUCAUUGGUUGGAGCAAAGAGAUAUUUUGAAGAGUAUCCUCAACUUUCAUUAAAAGCAAUUGAUUUCGAUUUACAAUCAUUGGAGGAAAUAAAAGAUAUUCAAUCUUUAUUAAUUGAAUUAUUAGAUGAAAAUAAAAAUACUCAAAAUGAUUACAUUAUUAAAAAUUGUCAAGUUUAUUAUGAAAGGGUUAAAAAAGAAAUAAUUUCAAAAUCAAAAUUCAUUUCAAAUUCAUUUGAGAAUAAUGAUUCAUUAAUUACACAAUUAAUUGAUUCUGAAUAUAAAUUAACUUCAAAUAAACCAAUUUUUAAAGUAAAAGAAAAAGAAGAAGGGGAAGAAGAAGUUGAAAUUAAAGUUUUAUCAACUACCAUAGGUAAUGUGAAUGACGGUGAUAACUUUGGAGAAUUUUCAGGUAUAAUAACCAGAGUUUGUAGUAAUUCAAAUUUUAAAAUUGGUGAAAAAGUAUAUGGUUUUGGAUAUAAUACAACUUCAUCACAUAUUGUUGUAAAUGGUGAUUGGAUUUAUUAUAAACCUUUAAAUAUCUCAAAUAAUAAUGCAGCUUCUAUUCCUUAUAAAUAUUUAGAAGUUUUAUAUGGUUUAUAUAAUAUUGGUGAAUUGGAUGAAAAUGAAAAUAUUUUAAUCCAUUUAAAUAAUAAUAUUAAUAACAAUAAUAAUAAUAUUUCAACUUUAAAUAUAUUAAAAUGGAAAGGUCAUAAAGGAUUAAUAUAUGUUACAGUUGACUCUAAUGAAAUGGAAAUAUAUGUUAAUGAUAAUUUUGGUGGUUUUAUAAGUGGUGUUUUCAUUCUGAUAUUAAAGUGUUUGAACUCUACAAGUAGAAUUAUUAAUUUCAAUUAUUUAAAUAAUAAUAAUAAUGAUAAUAAUGAUUUAGAAUUUUUCUAUAAAUAUUGUAGAAAAUUAAAUAUAGGUUAUCAUUUUAUUGAUUUAAAGAAAUUAAUACCAAUAAGAAGAAGAGGAAGAAUAAUCAAAGAUUUAUUUAAAGAAAUUUCAAAAGCAAUAGAAAAUAAUGAAAUUAAUUUAUUACCAAUUAUUGAUUAUUCAAAUUUAAAUAUUAAUCAUGCAAUUCAAAUGGUUAAAAAUGAAAAAAACAUGGUUCAUACAAUAGUUAUUGAAAAUAAUGAAGAUGUUUUAGAAAAUUUAUUAAAAGAACAUUCAAAUAAUUCAACUUAUUCAAUAAUUAAAUCAGAUUAUAAAAUUUCUGAAAAUCAUUUAGGUAAAAAUUUAAUAAUUACAGGUCAAAUUGGUGUUGCUUUAGAAGUUUUGAAAUGGAUUUGUAAAUAUUCAAAAGGUGUUGAAAAUAUUAUCAUCCUUUCAAAAUCAUUAAUUAAAUGGGAAUUAAAAUUAUUAAUUGACAAAACAUAUAAUUCAAAAGAGAAUAAUCAAAUUAAAUUUCAUUUCAAUACUAUUGAUAUUAGUAAUUCAAAUGAAUUAACAAAUACAUUGAAUCAGUUAUUAAAAGAUACAAAUAUAGAUAAUAUUGAUUCAAUUUUUCAUUAUGCAUUUACUAAAGUAGUUAGUGAAGUUGAAGAUAUUGAUUUAAAUCAAUUGAAUUUAUCACACGGUGCUAAAACUAUGGGUGCAAUUAAUUUACAUAAUGAGUCUGUAAAUAGGUGUUGGAAUUUAAAGAAUUUUAUAAAUGCUUCAUCUACUGUAACUUUAGCAGGUUCUCCAGGCCAAUGCACAUAUGUUUGUGCAAAUAGUGUUUUGGAUUCAUUAUCACGUUAUCGUAAAUCAAUUGGGUUGCCAUCAAUAUGUUCCUAUUAUGGUUCAAUUAAAUCUGGUAUUGUUUUAAGAAGUGAAUCAAUAGCUACAUCAUUGGAGAAACAAGGUUAUGUUCAUGUUUCAAUGAAUAAAUUUUUGGGUGCUUUGGAUUUACAAAUUCAAAAUCCAAAUUUAUCAACAAAUUUAAUUGUAUCAAAUUUUAAUUUUAAAUUAUUUAAAAAUAAUCCACAACAUUCAAUUAUUGAUAAAUUUGAACACCAAAUUAAUGAGAAUAAUUCAAAAUUAGAAAUAUCAACUAAUAAUAACCCUUCAACAAGUACUGAAUCAAAUAAAGGUAUAGAUGGGUUACUAUUAUCAAAAGUUUCAGAAUUAUUAUCAAUCAAUGAAACUAAUUUUAAUGCUGAUAUUACUUUAAUAGAUUAUGGUGCUGAUUCCUUAAUAACAAGUCAAUUAAAAAAUUUUAUUGAAAAAGAAUUUAGUUUAUCAGUAACUUCCCAACAACUUCAAAGAAAUUCAAUUAAUCAAUUAAUUAAAUUUUUAAAUAAAAAAUAA